UUUAAUUUCAUAAAAUAUAUCAUUAUAUUAAAGUUUACAUUUUCUAAACAAGGAAACAAAAUAUUACGUUUUCAGUAGGACUACAAUAUUCCUAAAUAACCGUGAACCUACAUUUUCAUCGUGUUGUCAAGGACAUAACUCUGCGGACAGGCUUUACAUAAGGACAGUGUAAUUGCAGAUAUUGAACCAAAUGUGUUCAGAUAAUUAAUCGAAGUGCAUUGUUUAGUAUGGAUAUAUUCCGUUAUAUAUCUUUGAAUACUUUGACCUUUUUCAUCGUUGCAGCGAAUGUGCUCAGUAUCAGGAGUCUGAAAACAUCCGGUGUAUGUAAACAGCACGGCGGAUUGUAUCGAUGCUGCAGCAACUUUCGACAAGAGGGUCAGAAUUGUAUUCCCUGUGUUGGAUCUUUUGGUAUCAACUGUUCUGGAAGAUGCCCUGAAAGGUUCUUUGGUUAUGGAUGUCUUAGUCGCUGUAAUUGCAGUGAGGACCAAAUCUGUGACAGUCGUGACGGAUGUAUGGCGGACAGAAUAAGACAAUAUGAAGAAUCUACAAGAAAAUACCUAUAUAUAAUAAUCCUAUUAUGUGCUAUUAUAAUCUGCCUGCUUGUGGCACUGGUGGCAGUAUCGAUAAAAAGAAAAUUUACACCAUCUCGACAUUACCAGCAUGAACUAGUUCACACAGAUACACCGGGAGAGUACACAUCUACUGGAUAUCAAGGUUACCUUGAGUGCGUCUCUGGUUCUGGACAAAUGUUAGAAAACAUUUCGCUUGAAAAUCAGUUUGAAGAGUUACAAAACAUUGAGUUAAGAUCUACACAUUAUGAUUAUACAAAUCCAAGACUUUUUCCAAGAGAGGACCAAACCUUUUAUCAAAGAGAGAACAGACAAGAAACUCAUCCCACAAAUGACACGGAACUUCCUGUAAGAGCAGACGUAUGGAGGUCAAUCAAAGACAAUGUUAAAAAGAAUAGGGAGAGGAGCAGUGUUCUACGAAUAUUAUCGUCAAGAAUUUCUCUGCAUGACACAAACCACAGUGGUAGUUAUAUAUCUGUUAUUGACGAAAAGUCCACAUGCUGAAAAAAAUUGAAAAAGGUUAUGCAUUUUUGAUGCAAUGUCCACAAACACUUUGCUCUUUGUAUUUCUGUUGCAAUGUCCACGACAAUGUUGCUAUUAUAGAAAUACAACAUGAACUAACAUCAUAGUUUAAUUGUAGUGUAAUCGAUACUGGUAACAUAAUUUUUUACUAAUCAAAGAGACACAGUGUAGAUUUACCAUUGUAUGUGAUGCUACAACAAUAUUUCAAGGUUAAAUCGGAGAUAAUUGAAACCACUUAUUUGUGGUAUAAAUACGACAUCAAUCAAUUUCUUUUUAAUGUAUUAUGAAUUCGGAUAUGAUUUCCUUCUCGUAUACCUUUUAUUUAAUCAAACAAUUAUAUUUUAUACA